AGUGGACCGGAUGAGUUGCUUUCAUCAAAAAGUUACACAGCUACUUGCAGUACAAGUUUAUAUAUGGACCCGACUGUGGAACAACCCAUCUUUUCCACGUUGGUGUCGGCUCGAAUGAACGCAGCCAGCCCCUGAGUAGAGCGGAAGAAGCAGAGUCUCCUCUGUUCUUGAAACAAGUCAACACACGAGGACUGAUGAGAAGAUUCGCAGCCCCUUCCCUUCCACCUCACUCAGCCUCCCCGUUUGACCCCUUCCACCCCAACACUCGACACCGCCCAUCGCUAUAUAUGAGCAGCUCCACACCCAACACAGAUAAACACAAAAGGCAGACCUUCUCCCUUUCUUCUUCAAGAAAGAUCUCUCGCUGCUCACUGCCAAGUUCCCUCCAUCGAUCAUCUCCCCGUCGCCGCUCACGAAACAAUUCAUGGCUUCUUCUUCCAGCGCCCGAAGCAGCCGUGUGGCCACAUGCCUCGUGCUGCUUCUCCUGGUCGUCAGCCUCCGAGAAGCCUCGGCCGCGAGGCCGCUCCCGCCAGCCGUUGACAUGCCUAGCGAGGUGCCCAAGGACCAGGUCAUCGUCGACAAGUACGCGCCGCUUCUGCUCGCCAUGCUGCCGAGGGGCCCCGUGACGCCAUCCGGCCCCAGCGGCGGCACGAACGAGGCCGGGAACUGAUUGAGCAAGCGCAGAGCUUGCCGGUAGGAUGGAUGUAUAGAUCUCUAGAAAUCGUCAGGCAUACAGUGGUAGAUGCUAUGGUACUGUUUUGCAGUACAAGAUACUCGUACAGGAUUGUUAGUGGGAAAUGGACAUAUAGUGUAGGUCUGUAGGAUAUACCCCAAAAAUAUAACUUCAUUCUUUCGUUUGUCCCUCC